AUGUCACAGCCUGUACAGGAGCAACAGCAGCCCGCAACACCCGCAGGGCCUGCUUCAGAGCAGCCUCCAUCUGCGCCUCGACCUGCAAGAUCCAAAAACGGCUGCAAUGCGUGCAGAUGGAAUCGACCUGUACCAGCACGUAGCAGCAGCAUUCUAUCGACACAAUCACUCGCUGUUGCUACACCUCAGCCGACUUCCCAGCACAUAUACAACUCCAAUGUGGCAUCCAUGGAGGGAUUUGGAAUGAAUGGCAAUGCCUUCUUUGACUUCUCUGGGCCUCUCGGUUUUGGUGCCUGGGAUGAGGCAAUGCUUCUCAGUCCUAAUUCCUGGCCCACGGAUCCUACGAUAGCAGCAGCCACCUCACACUUGGACACCGUCCCCCAGCCUAACUAUCAGUUACCGCUUGGUCAUCAGCCAUCUGGUCCACUCGUAGCACCUGCCCCAUCGACGCCUCGAACAAGCUUCCAGGCAGGGGCAGAGCGUGCCGGACAGCAACUAGAUCCAGCCUCGACAUCUCCCUUCUCACAUGAAGGCACCCAAAACGGAGCAGUUGAUGGCGAUCUUCUUGUCAAUACGUUCCUGCAAAUGCUUAUGCCGCCUAUCCUGACACCGGUGGAGAUUGGUCCAAAAUGGGCAUCCACGCGUGCUUUCUUCGGAACUAUGGCCGCAGAAGCUCCUGUGGUUCGGAGUGCGAUUAUGGCUUUCGCAGCCAUGCAAAUGCAGCGAAGCGGACUAGGUGGCGAAGCUGUGAAAACUGACUGGAGACCAUUAUACGACACUGCUGCCAGACAGCUCUCAAGUGCCCUUGCAAAGAGACGAAAAGCCGAGGGCAGCGAAACGCCCAAAAGCGGGCUCAAGCAUGUCCUAGCGUCUCUUUUCCUUCUUACCUACACUGAUUUGCUCACAGAGACCCUCCCUAGAGCACAUGCCAAUCUACGCGAAGCCUAUACGCUUAUACAAAGCGCUAACAAAAUGAGUUUCACUGUGCCAGAAAGGCGCCUGAUCUCUUGGCUACGGCUGCUCGACGCACGUGCCGUGUCUACCAAUGGAGGCGAAGGGCUGUUCCUCAUAGAUACCGAUGAGACGUUAUUCGAUGCUUCGCCUGCCGCCAAUCCUGCUUCAGAACCUGAGACCCAGGACACUGAGAUUGAGGAGAUACUCUUUGAUGUCUUAUACCACCCCGGUAUUGUUUUCUAUCAAAAGGUACAGUCGUUCGUGGGACGAAUCACUAGGAUUGACCCUUGGCACCGAAGUCGUGGGACAGUACAGGACGAGACCGAAGUGAUGGCCUUGGCUGCGCAAAUUUCGAAGGAUUUGCAUGCACUAUACGGACAGCGACCGGCCCUCAUGGAUCAUGCAGUCGCGGGCAACCUGACCGAGAAACACCUUGCGCAGAACCUAGCUGUGGCGCUUACACGAAGCUUUCGCACCUACCUCGCAAAUUACUAUGCGUCGUUCAUACACCUACACCGAGUGGCGUAUGUACAAUAUCCGAAGACGAAAGAUGUUACUACGGCCAUCGCGAACAUCAAACGUCUUUCACACCUCAUGGCGCAGACUGACGAAUCACUCCCAGUAAACUUGUUAUGGCCUCUCAUGAUUUGGGCGGCUGAAGAAGAAAGUCUGGAGGAACGACGCUGGAUCCUCGAGUCCAUCAGGGGUCUUGAGAACAUUGCUUCAAACGCAAAAGCUACUGGCGACCUUCUCGAGGAAGUGAUUCGACGACAAGACGAAGGCAAACGAAGAGUCGACAUACGGAGCGUCAGCCAAGAAUACUUUGCGAGCCACCAUUUUGCGAUUGUCUGA